AUUCUAUACACUCAACACCCUAAAACAACAAAAUCCGGUUGACACGCAUAUUUUCUUACUAUAUUAACACAGAAGAUGAGUGACUUGUGGAACAAUCUUACCCCUCGCACUGAGGGAGUGUGCAAGGACAUAACCCAGAGUGAAUUCGGAAAGAUAUUGCUUAAGCUUCGUAUGGAAGAAUCCCCCGGUUUGAACUCAUUGCUGGAAGUUGAAGAAGCUUCUAAACCUUUGAAGGGUGUGCGUGUAUCUGGUGUGCUACAUCUUACUGGUGAAGUUGGCUGUCUCAUCAGGACUUUGAACAGACUUGGAGCUACCGUUAGGUGGGCUUCGUCUAACCCAUUCUCUGCCCAUGAUGGUAUUUGUGCCGCAUUGAAAGCCUUCCAUCACGAUGAGACAACUAUUUUCGCAUGGAAGGGUGAAACUGUGGAAGAAUACUGGUGGUGUGUGUACCAGUCUCUUAGAUGGCCAAAUGCUGAUGGUCCCCAACUCAUCGUUGAUGAUGGUUGCAGUGCUUACACCAUGAUCAAGUACGGUUUGGACUUGGAAAGAAGGCAUGCUAAGGACGGUAGCUUGUUGAACCCUAAGGACUUUGAUGAAAACGACCGUGACAUCCAAUGUCUUGUAACGUUCCUCAACACAUUGGUUACAAAGGAAGGUUACUUCUGGGAGAAAUUGGCAAACCAGGUAGUGGGUCUCUCCGAGGAAACCACUAGUGGUGUCACUCAUUUCCGCAAGUUCUGGAGAGCUGAGGGACUCUUAUUCCCCGUCAUGAGUACCAAUGACUGUGUCACCAAACAGAAGUAUGACAACAUCUACGGAUGCCGCCACUCUGGAAUCCACGGAUUUUUCAAUGGUGGUGAUGGUUUCCUGAUUGGUGGUAAGACCGUAGUUGUUAUAGGUUACGGUAAUGUCGGUAAGGGUGUUGCCCAGGGAUUCAGAGGCCAAGGUGCUAAAGUCAAAAUUACCGAAAUCGAUCCCAUCUGUGCCCUUCAGGCUGCUAUGGAAGGCUUCGAUGUCGUUCUUUUGGAAGAUGUUCUUGAGACCGCUGACAUCUUCAUAUCAUGCACUGGUGGUAUCGACAACAUUACCGUAGAACACAUGAAACGCAUGAAGAACAACGCUAUUUUGGGUAACAUCGGUCAGGGUGACCAAGAAAUCCAAAUGGCCGAGCUUCACAAAGUACCUGGACUCGAAAUCACUAACAUCAAACCCGGCUCAGACUACUUCAAGUUCCCUGACACAGGCAAGGGAGUUAUUAUUCUAGCUUUCGGUAGGCUCUACAACCUUGGAUGUGCCAAUGGUCAUCCGGCCUUUGUCAUGUCUGCCUCUUUCACAGACCAGGCUCUAUGCCUCUUGGAGUUGUGGAAGAACAGGGACAACGACACCUACGGAAAGUGCAUUAACAAAUUGCCCAAGACUCUGGACGAGACUGUUGCAAGGUACCACCUCAAGGCGCUUAACGUCAAGCUCACUGUACCCACUGCUAAGCAAUGUGCAUACCUUGGUAUCAAACCAGAAGGUCCCUUCAAGGAAGAUGGUUACCAUUACUAAGUGAAUGGCGGGAAUCUACCGAUCAUUUAGUUUACAAUUUACGCUGUCAUUCUUACUCUUUUGUGACGUAUUUGGAUGUUUUGCUACACAUUUCCCCUAGAUACUCGGUGUGUACAAGUCACACAGUGUAUCGCAGAUACAAUCUAACUUUUAAAAAGAAUA